UGUGUGAAUUACCAUAAAAACCAAAAUAAAUUCGUCAAUUUGAAGCCUGGCAAAUUUAAAAAUGAAGAAGUACGAAGUACAAAGGAGCCUUGACAAGAGCAUAAUAAAUACAAAGCAAAUAAGGGCUCUAUUAUGGAAAGACCUUCUAGUCCGGAUACGCCAACCAUGGUUGACUCUGCUACAUUAUGUUUGGCCGUUUUUUUUAUUCACGACUCUGUAUUGUUUUGGCUUUAAAUAUGCCAGCGAGAUCGUCGAAGAUUGUCAAUUUCCCACAAGACAGCUGCCCAUUAAAUACAAAACGUUGUCAUUUUUCCAGUCGUACAUCUGUACGGUAGACAACGAAUGCUGGAAUGCAACGGAAUAUGAGGAAACAUCUAAAUUUGAAAAUGCACCAUUGACACCGAUACUGAACUUAGUGCAGACAUUUAUCAAUGAACCAUUACUAUUGGAAGCAGUGGUGAAUCUUCCACAAGACAAAAAUAUAAUCGGAGCUUUAACAAGAAUUUACACUCACAAAAAGUUCGGAGAUUUACAGCAUUAUGCCAACGCAAUUAAAGACAAGAUGCCGAUGUUUGCGGAAUUGACGGAAAGUAAAUUGGAUUUCAAAAGUUUGAUGUCAGAUGACUCAACAUUCAUCUCAGCUGGCAACAUACUAUGUGGUAGACCAUUUGAAAUAAGUACUGAACAGCCUGCAUGGGUUCAAAUUAUCUUUUCCAAAUCAAACAAAAUCAAACAAGAUGAGACUGAUUCAAUGCCAACACCUUACUGUAAGCAACUGUAUCAGAGAGUGGCAAAUUCAACUGCUGGUAAACUAACUUGGAGUCUUAUUAAGCCCGUAAUUCAGGGGAAAAUUGUUUAUGGACCGGGUAAUCCUUUAACAGAUGAAAUAAUGACAAGGGCUACCAGAAUAUUCGAAGAUGUAAUGAAGUUGCAGCAAUUCGUUGGUGCUCUCAACCAAUUAGUUAUUUUACUUCGAACCGACAACGAUUUUCAGUCGGAAAUUCAAUCGUGGCUGGACACGUUAAAAUUACCCUACAUUCGAAGGUUAAUAAGCCACUAUAUCGAUAUUGACAGUAUUGAACAUCUCAUAGAAUUUCUGAUGCUUGACGAUAAAGUUGCAGCAACCGGUCAAACGAUUGUCAAUAUGUUAGAAUGCGUUUCUACCGACCGGCUAGUGAGAGUAACAACCGAAGCAGAACUGGAGAAACGGGCCUAUGAAUUAAACGAGAAAAAAAUGCUCUACAGCAGCGUCUAUUUCAACAAUGUCAGUCGAGUUACGGAUCGAGAAUAUUCGUACAAAAUUCGUAUGGAUAUUGAUAACAUUCCAGUUACGUCGAAAACUCGGAAUCGAUUCUGCUUUCCAGGCCCAAACGCCAACUUACACAGCAGUAUCACAUAUCAUCGUGGAUUCAUUCAAUUACAGCAUUCUGUGGAUCAAGCUAUCAUUGAGACGAUUCGUCAUCAUGAAUCGCUUAGACUGAAUGAGCUACAACUAGCUGAAUUGAUAGAUCUGGCCAACUACAAAAACAGUAUGGACACUUCAGUCCAACCUGAUACUUUAGUCGAACCUGAUGAUUCAGAUGAAUCUGAUACUUCAGUCGAACCUGAUACUUUAGUCGAACCUGAUAUUUCAGUCGAACCUGAUACUUCAGUCGCACCUGAUACUUUAGUCGCACCUGACGAUUACAAUAAAGCGACGGUUGUCGUGGAAGAAACGACGACAUUACCGACACUGGUUAGUGAGUCCGAAACCGAGUCAAACAAUAAUGUAACAACAGUAUCGGAAGAAGUUGGUUCGCAUGUCAAUGAAAACGACGGCUCAAUUCAUGACGGGGAACGCAAAAUCAGGCGAAGACGUAAUGACCUAUCAUGGGAACCCGAACAACAGACGUUUCAUGUAAACCAGCUUGAUAUGUUCACCAAGCAGUUUCCAUAUCCGAAAUACAAGAAAGACGUGUAUGUGAUUGGAAUUUACAAAAUUCAAGCAAUCCAAUUGGCAUUUCUACUCGGUUUGGCCGCUCAGAUAUCAGUCUCAGUGUGGCAACGAAUUUGGACAAAGGAGAGCGGUAACAGCACGUUGAUGAGAGUAAUGGGAUUGCGUAAAUCGUCUGAGAAUUUGGCUUGGAUUAUAACGAAUAUUAUCGAGCUACUUCUGGUUUUUACGCCUUGCCUCAUUGGGAUGUAUAUUGCAGGAAUUCUAAUCGUAACGAAUUUGGCAUUCAUGUACUUCUUCUUAACUAUAUUCAUCAUUUGUUUGAUUUCUUUCUCUUACAUGAUGUCAACAUUCUUCUCAAAUGCAACCAUUGGUGCUGCGUUGAACCUUACACUAAUAUAUUUCAUGUUCCUUCCAUACAUCGUCAUGGUAGCCCAUGAGACUGAGCUCACUUUCGCUAGUAGAUUUUUUGCGAAUCUGUGCAUGCCGACUGCCUUUUCUAGUGCUUGGCGGCAUAUAAUGCUCUACGAAUUGCUGCAAAAACAUUUAUCAUUCGACAAUGCGUUCAGCGGGUCGAUAAGCGAUAACGAUCUUAAAUUCGGUCUGUUCAUGUUAAUGUUUGAUACAGUUCUGUAUUCCAUUAUCGGUUAUCUGAGCGAACGUUUCACCCACUCCGAUUUUAAAUCUUACAAAGUUCCAGUCAAAGAUAUGGAUGUCAGUAUCGGCGGAUGUAUGAGCAAUGUUACAAAGACGUUCGAUGGAAAGAAGCUGGCCGUCGAUAAUGUGUCGAUUGUAUUUCGUCGCGACCAUGUAACGUGUUUGUUGGGUCAGAAUGGUGCCGGUAAAAGUACAAUUAUAAAGUUACUGUUGGGACAGGUCAAACAAACUUCCGGUGAAAUAUAUUUGUCCAAGAACUUGGAUAGAGUAUGCGGAAUGGAAACCAAAGGGACAGUCGGCUUAUGUCAACAGAACAAUGUUAUGAUACCGAACUUAACAGCGAAAGAACAUUUGGAAUUAUAUGCCAGCAUAAAGGCACCUGAUCGUUACAAGGACGUCUUGAAGGACACGAUCGAAAGUUUAGAUUUUGGAAAGCAUCUCCAUUUUAAAUGCGAAAAUCUAUCCGGUGGAUUCAAGAGACGUCUAAAUAUUGCAAUGGCUUUCAUUGGGUCGCCAAAUCUGGUUAUUCUGGACGAACCAUGCAGUGGUGUUGACGAUAAAGCAAGAAGAAAGAUAUGGCAAUUGAUUGGUGAUCUGAGAAAAGGCCGAACAGUAGUAUUGGCAACACAUUACCUUGACGAAGCGGAACGUCUGGGCGACAAUGUGUUAUUUGUAAAAGACGGGAAGAUCAUAUCGGAAAAUAUGUCAGAGACGUUAAGGAAUCAAUUCACCAAAUCAUUCGACAUUCAAAUCAAACUUGGCACAACAGCGGAACGCCGAAAAACCAUUGAAAAGAUUCAAAAUAAUCUGGAAACACAUGCACCGAGUUUCAAUGUCACUCAUCAGAGCGACGACGACUAUCACAUCAACAUACCGUACUGCGAUGUGAACAACGGACAUAUCAAUUUCGAGCCAUUGAUUAAAUCCAUCGAAAAACAGCAUCAACUGGGAACCGUAUCCCAUUUCCGUGUCAUUAGCAAAAAUCUCGCAGAAAUGUUCAACAAUCAAACUGCUCGAUCCGAAUCGGAAAUACUCAGUUCCGAUGACGGAGAUCAUAGAGCGAUGACAAAUGGCGACGGAUCGGAUAAACUAGAGCCGCCAGCGACAAACAAUCAGUUUAAAUGUGCGAAACAUUUGUUGUGGAAGAGAUUCAUCCAUUUCAAACGAAACUAUGGCUUAAUUAUACUAAUCUUCCUUGUACCAACGAUUUUUCAAAUGAUUGCCUUGACGUGCAUGACCUAUCGACCGCCUGGCGAAUUUGAUACGGAACUCGUUUUUUCGCAGGAGCUGUACGCAAAUACAACUGAGUUUUAUGCAUACGAAAAUACGAACAAAUUCGAUAAUAAAACGAUUGCGUACUUGAAGUGCCACGAUCAAUGUGAAUAUUUCAAUUCGUCGAAGGAAGCCUUUUAUUCGAUUUUAGAGACGCACGACCACUCCAUCAACCGACGAUACGGUGGCAUCACGCUGAACGAUUCGAAGCUGGUGGUAUGGUAUAAUAAUAAAGGGUACCAUGCGCUGCCAGUCUAUUUAAACGAAAUGAAUUCGGCUCUGUUCAAAGCGGAGAUGAACAAUGAUCUGUACAAAAUAACGACAUCGAGUCAUCCGCUAAAAUUAGGGAGGAAAGAUCUAAGCUUGUCUUCAAUAUUGGAGCAAAUGGCUGAUGCUGCAUUAGCAAUCGUCCUGGUUAUAGCGUUCAGUUUUGUGGUAACUACAUCAUCCGUGUACGUUGUUACUGAACGUGUGAGCGGCGAAAAACUGCAACAACGAUUGUGCAACGUUGCAUAUCGAACAUAUUGGGGGGUGGCGUUUUUAUGGGAUUUUUCCCUCUUCUUUAUCGCAUUGUUGAUUACAAUGGGGAUAUUUAAAAUGUUCGACAUACCCAUUUACACAUCCAGAGACAAUCUUCAUGGAAUUUGUUUGUUGAUAUUUAUGUACGGACUUGCAAUGAUUCCGAUGGUACAUUUGGUGGAGAAAUUGUUUUACGAUGCGGGCAUGGCAAAUAUGUACAUGGUGUGCCUGAAUAUAGUCAUUGCGUUUUCACCGGUUAUAACUAUAACCCUUUUCGAUGUUCUAGGAGAUUCAGAAGAAUCGAGAAUGGUAAGACACUUCCUGAACAGACUGUUCUUGGUGUUCCCUCAACAUGCAUUUACGGAUGGAUUACUUGAAAUUUGUAAAAAUCAUGUCACAACUGGCAUUUUCGCGCGAAUAGACAUGUGCGUUUACAGGUCGCCAAUAGCUAGCACGUUGUUAUUGCCGCAUAUAUUGUCGUCGCUAAUUGUCGGACUGGUAUUUUUGGUUCUGAACUAUUUAAUCGAAAAUGGGCAUAUCCAGCGCCUAUGCCGUAAAAAACCGAAUGAAAAAAGCAUAUUCUUAAAUGCCGUUACAAAUGAUCAAGUGACGACAGAAGACAAAUAUGAUGUGAGGACCCGAGGCAAUAUUUUGGUGGUGGAGAAUUUGUGCAAAAAUUAUGGAAGACAUCAAGCACUUGGCAAUAUUUCCUUCAACAUUGCUGACAGUGAGUGCUUCGGAUUACUCGGUGAAAAUGGUGCAGGAAAAUCUACCAUAUUUUCGAUACUAUCGGGCGAAAUUUACCAAUCAUCUGGAUCCGUUCAACUUAUCGACAAGAAGGGAAUUUCUUACUGUCCACAAACCAAUGCUCUGGAUGGUCUGUUAACUGUUGAAGAAGUUAUUUAUUUUUAUGGACGAUUGAGGAAAACGUCGAACAUUGAACACCUGAUCACGAGUACAUUAAAAUCGUUCCAUUUGGAGCCGUACCGAAACAUCUUGGUAAAGAAUUUAAGUGGCGGAAAUCGCCGAAAGCUCAGCGUUGCAAUAGCAUGCUUCGGCGACACUCGACUCGUGCUGAUGGAUGAACCGACCAGCGAAAUCGAUCCGGUCACCAGAGCGCUGGUGUGCAAAGCAAUCAAUUCGCUUAUCGCCGCUAAGCGUUCGGUAAUACUAACAUCGCAUACGAUCAGCGAAAUCGAACAGGUGUGUCAUCGCAUCGGCGUGAUACAUGGAGGCAAAAUUAUUUCAAUUGAUACGCCGAUGGCACUGAAAGAGCGAUUCGGUCGAAGUUAUGUGGUGAAGCUGUACUAUGAUCAAAUUGAAUCGAUGACCAUCGAACAAUACGUUCAGAAGAAUCUGGAGGGUGUGGAGCAUCUGACCAUGCAAAAUAAUUGUUUGGAAUUUUGCGUUAAAGUUAGAACUGAUCAAUAUGAUAAUUCCAUUGGCCCGACCUAUGAAACUCGUAUUCUGCUCAGUGACCUUUUCGGCAAACUUUACAACUUCACCCUAGAACGAAAAAUUGCCUACACCGUGUCUGAGUGUUUGCUGGAUCAGGUGAUUCAACAGGUCCUGGAAACCGAAAGCAAACAUUGCUAUAACAAUCCAGCAUUUUCAAUAGAUGAAACCCGGUUUCUGUAAAGGACUUUCCAGAGAAAUGAUGAUAGAUGAUGUUGCUUCCGCCUACCCGCAACGCAGUGUCGUCUGUUACCAUUUAUCUGGGACACCCAAAUGCAGUCUUAUAAAACAACGGUUCGACAGAAUCAUAGGCUACAAUUGGUGUCAUUGUUUGAAGUUUUAUUUUGUGCUUAAAUAAACGUAAAUUACCAAAUUGUUACUCCAAGGUC